GACAUGGCGAGAAGAGUGUCACAAUCAGCGCUUUACUGAAAGCAGCUGCCAGCCUCGAGGACUAUGUCGCAGCUGACGGCGUUUGAGACUCGCGACGCUUUUCUCUGAGGUGGGGUCUGGGGGAAGAGGCGUCCGCAGGACGUGAGCGCGCGCGCACCGCUGGUGAAUUUUAAUUAUCCCAGGUCUGGGCAGACCGGAUGCUCGGAAUCGUGUGCUUUUCUUGUGUCCUCGCAUCCCGCGUACGGCUGCGCGUUCUCUCAGAGUAGCCGGUGUGAAAUAUCCGCGAGCCAUAUGAAUCACAGCGCACCCGAGGAACAACGCGUUGAUUCGCAGAUGUGUUCGGGGCUGUCAGUGUUUUUUCCCGGUUAACGCUGAGCAACCCGCCAGUCUAGCCUCCCCUGUCGGAUAACCAUUCGUUAGCGCACGCAGAUGUUUGUGUCGGUCAAUAGGCUACCAGCUUGCGCGCCUCGCCAUCACCGAGCCUUCGUUCGUGGAAGCAGCUGUAGCUCAGUGAGAGGAGCGGGGCCGUGGCGCCUCCUUAAGACUGUUUGCUGAACUGCAUCCAGGGGGACAGACUGGUGGUCUGAUCAAAAUGCAUCAGGUGAUUGGAGUAACAAGGAGAUGAGGAGCGGACUGGCCGAGUGACCGACCAGCAGGAUUCUCUCUUUGCAUGGAUGUCAGACGUCAUGUGGUCUCCACCAUGGGCUUAGGAGCUCCAGAUUCUCAGGAUGGUAAGCUGCAGACGGAGCGUGUGUGUGUGUGUGUGUCAGAUUCUCAGGAUGGUAAGCUGCAGACGGAGCGUGUGUGUGAGCUGCAGGAGCGGAAGCAGAGUCUUCAAGCCGCCCUGACCAGCAGGAUGGGGGAGCUACGCCGCGUCUGCCUGCUGGAGGCGGAGCUGACAGGGAAACUGCCACGAGAUUUCCCCCUGGAGGCAGGAGAGAGACCCCCCCUCAUCCAGCGCCGGUCAGGACUGCCCCCCCACGCCCCCUCACACCACACACAGGAUGACCCGUGUCAGAGGCGCCAGAUGAAGGCAUUGUUUGGUGGAGCUCUGCGCCGGAGCACCGAGGCUGACAAGAGAACCGUCCACCGAGGAUGCCACACAGAAGAGACGGUGAAGUCAGAGAGCAGCUCCAUGUCAGACUCAACAUCACAAGACAACGAGUCGUCCCCGAGUGUGUGUGUGAGUGUGGCCCCUCAGCAGAGGUCACUGUCUCACCCGCGCCUGAAUCCUGGCAGCCCAGACAGUCGCCUCAUCAGGAAACUUUCCCCCGUCGAGAUCUACUACGAGAUGAGGACACGACGCAACUCCACAUCCAGCUCCAUCAGUCCCAGUCACUCUCUCCCCAGAAGUGCGUCUAAUGUGGAGGGCCGCAGUGUUCCAGCCACACCCCUCCUGUCCCGCACCGCUCCAAUCAGCAUUCACGUCAGGCCUGAGGUGUCUGGCGGUAUCGCUCUGAAGCAGUGGUGCGGGAGUCCCGACGUUCCUCACUUUGUUCCGCUGGCGUCUCUGGAGGGUUCUGCGUCAGACCGGCGCAGCUGCCCGUACAGUUCUCGCGCUCGCCGUAGCAACAGCUCCGAGGCGCUGCUGGACCGCUCCAGCCUGCCGGACGGCCCGCCCCCCCGCAACGGCAUGCCCCCCCGUGGCGGCCCCUUUAAGAGUUCCGAGACCCUGACGGACGGCAAGCUACGGCAGUACCGGGGCAGUCCGGAGCGGCAGGUGGGGGGGGUGGGCAGGGAGCAGGGGCGCACGCGCGCCUCUGUGGGGGGUCGCCCGUCGGGAGGGGGCUACAACGAGAUCCUCCUGGACUACAUCUGGGGCAAAGCGCCGUCGCGGCCCAACCAGCUGCCGGCCGGAUCUCAGCCGGCCCCGCGCGGCUGGCCUGAUGUGUGCCCCCCCCCCUUUAACGGCCUCUCCCUCUCCCAGCUGCAGCUGGCCGCCCCCCCUCCCUACAGCCCACUGCUGCUGCGGGGCGCCCCCCCCCUCACCGACCCGCGCAGGGCAAAGGUCACCCGCACCAAAUCGUGUGGCCCCUUCCUCCCCGAGCCCCUCCUGCUGUCGGCCUACGAGCCCCACCACCCCCCCGCCGCCUCCAGCGCCGCCUCCAUCCCCACCCUGCACCCCCACCCACUGGCCCCCCCCCACAGCCGGCGGCCCCCGCUCUCGCUGCCCACCCCCGAGGACUCGACGCGGAGCCUCCACAAGGCCCUGGCGCUGGAGGGACUGAGAGACUGGUACCUGCGCAACGCCCUGGGCUACGCCCCCAGCAAAGGCCACGCCCACACACAGCCACCGCUGCUGCCGCAGGGCCCGCCCAGCCAGGGGGAGAUCUACCCCCCGAUAGGCUCCCAGAUGACCCAGGGGGAGAUGAUCUACCCCCCGAUAGGCUCCCAGAUGACCCAGUCUGCCUCCUUCCAUGGAUACCCGCUACAGGCCAGGUCUGUGGAGCUGUCACGGUUCCCUGAGCCAUUUCCCUCUCAACUGCAGGAGGGGGCCACGCCAGACCCCCCCGCCCCUGGAACCCUAGUCUGAGAUACCCCCCGACACACACACACACAUACACUGAUUGUAGCAUAAAGACACCAGUGUGCCCCAACCCCCAUCAUGUAGCAGUAGAUGCCCUGAUGCACCGUAAGGGACCCCUCAGUCAGACUGGAGAAGCUGCAGCAUCAAGACCCCUCAGUCAGACUGGAGAAGCUGCAGCAUCAGGACCCCUCAGUCAGACUGGAGAAACUGCAGCUGCAGCAUCAGAAACCCCUCAGUCAGACUGAAGAAGCUGCAGCUGCAGCAUCAGAAACCCCUCAGUCAGACUGAAGAAGCUGCAGCAUCAGAAACCCCUCAGUCAGACUGGAGAAGCUGCAGCUGCAGCAUCAGAAACCCCUCAGUUAGCCCAGUCCCCCUGCCCCAUCCCAGGCUCCCAUGAGACUGCAGUUCUAUUGGACCUGAACCUGCUACCCAAUCUGUCAGUCAUCCCUGAGGCCACACCCUCAGCAGAGGGGCCGUGAGGGUACAAAUUGAGCCGUGUGCUCACCUAUGUAGCAGAGAACAUCUCCAGUCGGGGCGUCCACCUGUGCUUACCUAUGUAGCAGAGAACAUCUCUGGGUGGGGCGUUCACCUGUGCUCAUCUGUGGUCACCAGUGCUCAGUCUCUCCCUCUUCUGCCGAACUGUCUGUGCUCCUCUGAGUGUCUGUGCUCCUCUGUGCUCCUCUGAGUGUCUGUGUUCCGAAGCCCAGCUGUAGCCGGAGGCCCUCUGGCCCACACCGAUGGAAAUGUAUUAAAUAACACUCGUGAAUGUGUGUGUGUGUGUGUGUGUGUGUGUGUGUGUGUGUGUGUGUGUGUGUGUGUGUGUGUGGGGGGGUGUGUGUGUGUGGUGUGCCUGUUUGCUCCUCUAUGCUGUAUACUCUGAAGUCCAUCAGACAUAUCUGAUGUAAACAUUUGACAGCGUGAAACGCAAACUGAAGCUGAAUGUGAAGAUGGUUAAGUUAGCUGACAUGUCUGAAGGAAGAGUGCUGCCUGAUAACACUCCAUGGCCUAUAGGGGGAGUGAGGCUUUAAACAACACUCCAUGGCCUAUAGGGGGAGUGAGGCUUUACACAACACUCCAUGGCCUAUGAGUGAGGCUUUACCCAACACUACACUACAUGGCCUAUAGGGGGAGUGAGGCUUUACCCAACACUCCAUGGCCUAUGGGGGGAGUGAGGCUUUACCCAACACUACAUGGCCUAUGGGGGGAGUGAGGCUUUACCCAAAGUUAGGUGUACACUAGCUAUAAUACUGAUGACAUCAUACAAAUACAUCAUCAAAUACACAGUGAUAAGUGUUUGAUGCCUUUUUAUAGAAGGGUUACCUUAGAUAGCAAGAUCAGGGUUCCCUGAUAAAGCAAGACUGGAGAAGGGUUCCCUUAAAUAGCCAGACUUGAGAAAGGUUCCCUGAGAGAGCCAGACUGAGGUCUGCUCUGAUGACAGGGUCAGUGCUUUAGGACCUCAGGGAGAAGAGCUGGCAGCUGAUGCCUGAUUGGCUACUGUAGGAUUGGUCAGUGCUGUAGGAUUGGUCAGUUCGGCCCACUCACCCUGGCCUCAAGCUCAAUGUCAGGCAUCAGCUGCAGAGUCCUGGAGCCAAUCAGGCAUCAGCUGCGGAGUCCUGGAGCCAAUCAGGCAUCAGCUGCGGAGUCCUGGAGCCAAUCAGGCAUCAGCUGCAGAGUCCUGUAGCCAAUCAGGCAUCAGCUGUAGAGUCCUGGAGCCAAUCAGGCAUCAGGUGCGGAGUCCUGGAGCCAAUCAGGCAUCAGCUGCGGAGUCCUGUAGCCAAUCAGGCAUCAGCAGAGUCCCAUAGGCCCACUGAGGUCCCUCUGCUGGGCUCACAUGCUGCCUGUAGCCAAUCAGGCAUCUUGAAGCCCUAGUUACUUCCUAGCUCAUGUUUGCUUAGCUUGCUUACAACUGUGUUUUAUGAGCAAAUAAUACUCAGUUCCCACACAAACACACACACACACACACACACACACACAAACUCACACACACACACACACUCAGUACCCACACAAACACAUGUACAAAUUCAUGAAUGAGGUUGCCCAAGACUUGCCCAAGGCUAUAUAACCACAGUAUUUAGACAGCUGCAUAUACAGUAUAUGAUGGGUUUAAAUGCAUUACCCUUUAAAGUGUUGGGCUAUUGGGACGACAAUCCAUGGGGGUUUGGUUUUGUGUUUUGGAAUAAGGAUUAAAUUCUUUAAUUUGUGUGAUAUUGCUUUACAGCUGUGACAGAGAUUAGGAUUGACAGCUGUGUCAGAGAUUGGGAUUGGGAUUGUUUUAAUCUGUUAAAUGUUGAUUUGGGACUGUUGAGUGGGAAAUAUUUUGUGUUUGUAAAUAUUGGUCAGUGAUGGUCUAGAUUUAUUUAUUUAUUCUUACUUAUUACUGAUUUUAUCAUGAACAUUUGAUUUAAUUAUUUUUAAUUAAAAUUAUUUUAUUAAUUAGUCAGCAUCUCCAGAGUGGACCCGGCUCUGAUCAGGUGCCGGAACGCUCUACUGGAGGCCGGUCUCACCUGGUCUCACCUGGUCUCACUCGCUUCCCUGUCAGCUGGUCUUGUGAGCUGGUCUCACGAGCUAGUCGGUCUGUGGUAUAUGUUAAUGAUCAUCUCAACAAUUAGAUAUUCGAGGUUUUGUUAUGUCAGGAAUCCAGCUCUGCACAGAGAUUUGAGAUGAGGAUCACACACACACACACACACACACACACACACACACACACACACUCACACUCACAUCACCUCUGCUCAACUCCAGCUGAAAAUAGUCUAGUCGGUUUGGUGAAUGUAUCCCUAUACUCAAGGCACAGGAUCACACACACACACACACACACACACAGGAUCACAUUCAAUCCCCUCAACCCAGUAGCCAAUCAGCAGUCCAACUGACUGCUGCGUUAUGCGGUUGGCUCUCUGUAGUGCAGCUGUGAGUGGAGAUCCUCUGAGUUACUGACAGGAACCCCUGGUCCAGAUGACCUCCAGAUGACCUCUUUGUUUAAGAGUAUUAAUUACUGACAGGAACCCUUGGUCCAGAUGACCUCCAGAUGACCUCUUCGUUUAAGAGUAUUAAUUACUGACAGGAACCCCUGGUCCAGAUGACCUCUUUGUUUAAGAGUGUUAAUUACUGACAGGAACCCCCUAUUACAGACGACCUCUUCGUUCAAGAGUGUUUUCAUCUUCCAGUUCUUACUCUUCUGUUGUUGGUUUUGAGAGUGCUGUUAUCAGUGUUAUUUUUGUUUGGUUUAGUGCAGUGCUUCCAGCUGGUAUCACCUCAGACUCAAGACCAAUCAGCUGUGCAUUGGUAAUGUUUAUUUUGUGUACUUCAGUGAUGUUUCUGUCUGUAAGUAAAUAUAAAUUUAUAAAUUAAAAUAAAUAUAGAUACGGAAAUGCAUUUAGAGUUAUAGUGACUUGAACAGAACUAAUAUAAUUAUAAAUAUAUUCUGUAUAUUUAUGUAUGGAUUAGAUUUUAUACAUAUAUAGCCUAUUUAUUUGAAAAACAAAACAAAACAAGCAUCACGUUGUCAUGGAAACUAAACAUCAGUGUUCAGCACCAGCAGACAAAGAGGAAGUGAUCCCUUCCUGUUUCCUGUUUCCUGUUUCCUGUCCUCCUGGUCGUGAGCUGCUCGUCUUCAGCAGAACCAUCCCAUCAGCCCGCAGACAGACAGACGCUCCGAGCCGACGCCAGUGACUCCUCAUUGCCUUCCUCAUGCUAUGGCUUUCUUUGCACAUGGAGUGGACAAGAGGCUAUUUCUGUAUUAUGACAGAUUUUCAUCAUUCAUUUCUAAUAAAGUUUGUAAUCCUU